CGCGCCGGCCCCGCUGCCUCCGCCGCGAGCCGCGCUCCGGGGGCGGCGCCCAAAGUUUCCGGGAAGCCGCAGCCCAGCCCCUGUCCGGGAAGGUCCUCGGCGCCGGGGGCGGCUCCCCCACAGCCACAGCCGGCAGCGGAGCUCCUCUGCGGCCCCGGGAGAGGCCCGGUUUCUGCAGGAAGAUGCUAACAUUGGUGUGUCUGUCUUUCUUCUGGAUUCGGAGGAUCUUCUGCAGGCAGCAUUCAAAGACUGCACUUGCACAUUUGAGGCGAUGUUAGAUUUCUUCGUCGAUGUCAGCGUUCUGCGAGAGAGAGAGCUUCCGAGAUUGUCUGGAGUUGUUGUUAUCAGAGUCCAUGGCGUACACAGUAAGCCCCACUCCAGCGGGGCCUGUUGGGACCCAGUACUGUGUUUGCAAAGUUGAAUUAUCUGUGUGUGGCCAAAACCUUCUGGACCGAGAUGUGACUUCCAAAUCUGACCCGUUCUGUGUCUUAUUCAUGGAAAUCAAUGGAAAAUGGGUAGAGAUUGACAGAACAGAGACAGCUGUGAAUAACCUCAACCCUGCCUUCUCCAAGAAGUUUGUUGUUGACUACCACUUUGAAGAAGUCCAGAAGCUAAAGUUUGCCCUGUUUGACCAGGACAAGUCCAGCAUGCAACUGUAUGAACAUGACUUCCUGGGGGAAUUCUCUUGCACCUUGGGCACGAUUGUCUCCAGCAAGAAGAUAACAAGAACUCUGCUUCUGGGAAAUGGGAAGCCAGCCGGAAAAGGCAUAAUAAUGAUAGCUGCCCAAGAGCUGUCUGAUAACAGAGUGAUUACCCUGAGCAUGUCUGGUCGAAAACUGGAUAAAAAGGACCUGUUUGGAAAGUCUGAUCCAUUUUUAGAGUUUUAUAAGCCAGGCGAUGAUGGAAAAUGGAUGCUGGUCCAUAGAACGGAGGUGAUUAAAUACACGUUGGAUCCAGUGUGGAAGCCAUUCACUCUGCCUUUAGUGUCACUGUGUGAUGGAGAUAUAGAGAAGCUGAUAAAGGUCAUGUGCUAUGACUAUGAUAGUGAUGGAGGACAUGACUUCAUUGGGGAGUUCCAGACCUCGGUAGCGAAGAUGUGUGAAGCCCAAGAUGCCUUUCCACUAGAACUAGAAUGCAUUAAUCCCAAGAAGCAAAAGAAGAAAAAGAACUACAAGAACUCUGGUAGUAUUAUUGUGAAAUCCUGCAGAAUAACCAGAGAUUACUCUUUCCUGGACUACAUCCUUGGGGGCUGCCAGUUAAUGUUUACUGUUGGAAUUGAUUUUACUGCAUCCAAUGGGAAUCCACGGGACCCGUCGUCUUUGCACUAUAUCAGUCCCAUGGGAACAAAUGAAUACUUGUCAGCUAUCUGGGCAGUUGGACAGAUCAUUCAGGACUAUGACACAGACAAAAUGUUUCCUGCUCUGGGAUUUGGUGCCCAGCUACCACCAGACUGGAAGGUAUCUCACGAGUUCGCCAUUAACUUCAAUCCUACCAAUCCGUUCUGCUCAGGAGUGGAAGGCAUUGUCCAAGCCUAUUCAGCCUGCCUGCCCCAUGUGCGCUUCUAUGGACCAACCAACUUCUCCCCCAUUAUCAAUCAUGUGGCCCGGUUUGCUGCCCAGGCUACCCAGCAGGAGUUUGCAGCACAGUACUUCAUCCUCCUGAUCAUCACAGAUGGCGUCAUUAGUGACAUGGAUGAGACAAGACAUGCGGUAGUGCAGGCCUCCAAGCUGCCCAUGUCCAUCAUCAUCAUAGGAGUGGGGAAUGCAGACUUUGCAGCCAUGGAGUUCCUGGACGGUGACAACCGGGUGCUCCGGUCAUACACCGGCGAAGAGGCUGCCCGGGACAUUGUGCAGUUUGUGCCAUUCCGUGAGUUCCGCAAUGCACCUAAAGAAACAUUGGCCAAAGCAGUACUGGCAGAACUACCCCAGCAAGUUGUUCAGUAUUUCAAGCAUCAAAACCUGCUUCCCAUCAACUCAGAGCCUGCGUAGUGCUGAGCGCAUUAGUGUCAUCUGCAUGUUGCCAGUCGUUGUCGAAUCCCCAAGGGUGCAUUUCAUGUGCUUUUAAAGAUUGGUAUUUUUUAAUGUAAUUCUUUUUAUUUGUAAAGACCUGAAAGCUCACCCCAGAGAAGUUACCUGCCUUUACUUUUUACAUUCCUAGGCCAGGGGGUAACACUAAUAGGCCAAACAGAGACCUCUCCCAAUGCCAUUGCAUCACUUUUAUUAAGUAUUGAAUGUACUUUGUAUAAUUCUAGUGGAACAGAAACACAUUUUUACAAUUGGAACUUGCCUUUUCCAAGCAAGGAAAUGCUUAAUAUAUUAUUAAUAUUAUUAUCCAAUGAACUGUGCAUAGGUCACGUAUCUGUGUUGUACCUGUACCUCUUUCAUGCUCUAUGUUCAUUUUUAUACCGUGUACAUGUUAUUUGUUAUACUCAGGUUAAUAAAGAAACUCAAACAACCAGAGGGCUGAUUCCAUUGCAUGGACAUAAUGCAGACCUCUUAGCUCCCUGUCUUUAAGGUUUGUUUGGUUUUGUUGACUUGGACCAAAUGGGUUACCUGUGUGAUCAUUUGACUCCUCCUUUGCAAGAAGGAUGUCUGGCUUAUUUUUCCAGUUGCUUGUAUCUUAAAUAUUGACUGGAGUCCCCAUCCAUCAAAGCACAGAAGCAAAUGCUUAAGUCCCACUGAUUUCAAUGGUUGGUUGAAAUGUGUAAUUAAAACGAAGCCUUUGUGUAGGUUUUUGGCUGGAUAAGGAUGGCAUAAUAGUUUGAUUAAAUGUAAACAUGCUCUUUUUUUGCUAGGUUAGGACCCAGGUUUUCUGUCAAAUGCAUUUGGGACAUGGUAUAAUCACACACACUUAAUUACUUGACCCUCACAGUACCCAUGGAGUGUUGUCUGCAUGAUGUAGAUGGGGAAAUGAAGUACGGAGAAGUGAAGUGAUUUGUCAAAGGCAUCCAGUGAGCAAUUAGCAGAAUCAACAACUGGUCUCAGAUAAGUCCAGGUGCUAACUUGCAGGUGUGUCUGUCACUUAGUUCAGUGAAACUGGGUAUGGUCUUUACUUCACAUCUCCUUUCAUGAAACCAUGUUGCUGUUACUAUGAUGAUGACUUUGAGGAUUUCAGUUCUCCUUGUGUACUUUGAUCUUGUCCAGAAUGUAUGAGUCUCUGAUGGUAGCAGCUGGAGAUGGGAGAAUUUUACUAGAUCAGCAAGUCCAUUUCACCAGUAUCCAGGCAUGUAGGGGGCAUGUAUCAUAUAUUUAACAAUUUGCUAUACUUGAUCUAUGCCAAAAAAGCUAGAAGCAUUAAAUCUUCAGUGGUGAGUGUCAAUGUGGCUUAGUUGGCAGCUCUUUUACCUCUGCUCCAAAAGUUAGUAGAUCUCUAACCAGACAAAUGCCUCUAUUCUAAUGCUGAGGGCACAUUGUGAAGCUAUUUAGAAGACUUCACGUUCUGAUAAGAUAUUAAAACACGGCCCUUGCUUUCCUGUAUAUGGAUAUUUCUACUGAUGCCAAAGAAGCAGGGCUGUUUUCCAACAGACCUGGGAAUCAGACCUCCCUCCGUAUGAAACUACUUUCCAGUGUCCUGGCUUGUGUGAAACCCAGAUCUGACAGCAUAGCUGCUACUCUAUCUUGUACCAUGACAACACCCUUGGAAUCUAACCUAUUGUCCUGGAAGUCACUGUGGGUAUUGCUGUUGCCUACAGAGCUCUAGAGUAAGCCCAGUGUAUUUAUACUGAAACCCUGCUGUUACAGGAACUGUUUUACAGCAAAUCAAAUAUAGUUUCUAACAAACAUGCAUCAGCAGAUACAUUUGAAACAUUGAGGCAUGUGUGUGUUAACUUUAGAAGUAGAAGUGAGGUCAGUGGUGGCUCUUCCGGAAUAUGGAGCUGUUGCACUGGAGGAGCUCAGUAACAGCAAUAUUCACCUCCCUGAGAAAUCAGAUUGCAAGAGAUCUCCCUGGCUUUCCAGGACAGCCUAGCUCUCAUUGAUUGACAGAUUCUUUACCCGGUCAUCAGCUACUUUGUCCCGCUCUCCAGAACUUAAGGGAGGACAGAGGCAGCUUCUCCUUGUCAAAACAGGAGCCAUACUUCAAAGGGAAGAGGGAGCCCAUCUUGGUGGCCAUGGCUGUAACUACCCACAGCAGCGAGGAAGCAGUCAUGGGCAGUGUGAGUAAUAUUCAAAUAAAAGGUAAGAUAGGAGAGCCUGAACCCAGCUGUUUUUUUCC